AAUCAUCACUUCACAUCUUUUAUUUCACCGAUCAAACUGAUCCAAAGUUAAAAGGAAACUUGGAGAGGCUGCAAACGAUGGGUGACGACCGGGCUUCUGUCCCCAGUGAACCCGAACCCAAGCCCAAACCCGUGUUGGUUGCCCAUACGCCACCACUCGCCGCCUCCUACAACGACCGGAUCCGCCCCCUGCUUGAUGCAAUCCACAGGCUGGGAAACGUCAUGGUCAUGGAAGAGGGCAUCCAUCUCCCCAUCAUUGUCGUCAUUGGCGACCAGUCCUCAGGCAAGUCGAGCGUCCUCGAGUCCCUCGCCGGCAUCAACUUGCCACGGGGGCAGGGCAUUUGCACGCGCGUCCCUCUCAUCAUUCAACUCCAGGACAUCCCUCAAGCCGAUCGCCCUGAGCUCUACCUCGACUUCAAUGGCAAAGUCGUCCCCACUGACGAGGACAACAUCGCCAAGGCCAUUAAUGAUGCCACUGACGAGAUCGCGAGUCAUGGAAAGGGUGUCUCGAACGCGCCGCUGAUUCUGGUCAUCAAGAAAUACGGCAUCCCGGACUUGACCAUGAUCGACUUGCCUGGAAUCACGAGAGUCCCCGUGAACGGCCAGCCUGAGGACAUCUACGAGCAGAUCUCGAAGAUGAUCAUGGAGUGCAUAAGGCGUGAGGAGAGCAUCAUCCUCAAUGUCUUGUCCGCGACGGUUGAUUUCUCCACUUGCGAGUCCAUAAGGAUGUCACAAAUGGUGGACAAGACCGGCAGGAGGACUCUGGCGGUCGUCACAAAGGCUGAUAAAGCUCCAGAGGGAUUGCUUGAGAAGGUGACGGCUGAUGAUGUCAAUGUAGGGCUUGGCUAUGUGUGUGUGAGGAGCAGGAUUGGUGCCGAGACCUACGAAGAAGCGAGGCAGGAAGAGGCGAAGCUGUUUGACACACACCCUCUGCUGUGCAAGAUCGACAAGUCCAUUGUCGGUGUGCCUGUCUUGGCACAAAAGCUAACGCAGAUUCAAGCCACCUUCAUUGCCAAGUAUUUGCCUGAGAUCGUCAUGAAGAUCAAUGACAAGCUGGACGCAAACCUCGCAGAGCUUGAGAGGAUGCCCAACAAUCUGUCCUCGCUCGAGGAUGCUAUGAUGGCCUUCAUGGAGAUCAUGGGGUCGGGGAAGGAAUCGCUGAGGAAAGUCUUUCUGAGAGGCGAGUUAGACGAGUACCUGGACGAGAAGGACAUGCACUGCACUGCCAGGCUGGUGGAGAUGCUGAACCAAUACUACAAUGAGCUCCGAAACUGCACCGAGAACAACCUGACGACUAACUUCUUGUUGGAGGAAAUAGGGGUCUUGGAAGAGGCCAAAGGGAUCGGCCUCCCGGACGUCCUCCCUCACGACGCCUUUUCUUUUUUUUUGCAGCAGAAGAUGAAGGCUAUAUCAAGCAAGCUUCCGAGUCUUGUGGUUCGCAUUUGGGACUACAUUGAGGGAGUUGUGAUUCAGGCGUUGAUGCAACACUCGGAGAAUUAUCCUCAGCUGCAGUCGUCGAUGAGAAGAGCGGUGUCUAGUCUGAUCAAGAAGAUGAAGGGGAAGAUGAUGAAUAGGAUGAUGAAGAUUGUAGAAAUGGAGAAGCUCACUGACUACACUUGCAGCCCUGAGUACCUGCUGGAGAGGGACAAGUUGAUGAAAGAGGAGGGCCUUUUCUUACGAUGCUAUACAAACUCGAUCAGCAUUAGCCUUGAGGGGUUCGGGUUCAGGGAUGUCAACGUGACCCAUCUGCAUAAUCACAACCGGCAGCUGAUUCAGCAGGCGUUCCAUCUGAAGAUGAGGAUGAUCCCAUACUGGAAGAUUGCGCUGAGAAGGUUUGUCGACAUGGUGGCGCUGCAUCUGCGGUUCAGCAUGCAGAACUUGGUGAACAAGGAGAUGGAAAGGGAGAUUAGGCGCGAGCUGAGCGGGCCUGGCAUCAAGAGGUUGAUGGAGGAAAAGCCGGAGAUGGUGGAGAAGCGUGAGAAGCUGAACAGGAACAUCAAGCUGCUGAGGGAGUCUGCGGAGGUGGUGGCCCAGUUCAUGAACCGGAUUGCUACCGAUGGCGAUUACAAUCGCUAAUUAGCGUCGUUGCUCUGUUUUUCUCUUUUUCUUUAUGGCUUGCGAGGAAUUCUGUGAGGAAAAGAUAUAUAUAUCAGCGUAUUCUUGUUAGGUUAGGAGGUUCUGUGUGGGAUUCUACUGAAGUCUUCAAUUAGCUUCCUAUGAAUAGUUCUUGAUGAUGUCCUAGUUCAGAUGGCCAUGUUUGUUGAUCUACCAGUCGGUUUCAGAAUGUUGUUUUUACUGGUGGUUUGUCUU